AUGAAUAAUAGUGCUUACACUCCAAACACAGGCGUUUCAGCACCUAUAGAUCCAGGCUGGAAUGACCCUCCGAAGUUUUCUUACAACGCUCAGGUUACACCGAAUCGACCAAGAAACAUUUUGAAUAAAAGAGUGGCUUUUCCUAUGUCGAACGUUACGUCCAGUCCUGCACCUAUGUCUCCUGCGAACUUGCCUCCGAUGCCCCAAGUAUUUUCUCCUCCACCAGUAGUGCCGUUAACUUCCACCAUACAACAAGAACAGAUAGAUAUUGACAGUGAAAGUACUUUGAAAGAAGUAAAGGCAAUAUUCAUCAAUCUGUUGGAUAGCAGUAUUGAGUUGGGUAAUAAAGCAGACGACAUCAGGAGGAGGAUAGAUGUCAUGGAAAACAUGUGGACUAGCGGCAAAUUGAACAGUAGGAUAUUUAUGCAGAUGAGAAAUUUGGCUUAUGCCCUACAAGACGAUACUCCAAGGAAAGCUGACGAUAUCCACAGGGCGCUAAUGGUAGACCAUGUAAGUGCAGUAGGUACUUGGAUGCCAGGAAUCAAGCAACUCAUACACCACUGUAUUGCUCGCUCUGAAUUACUCUCUAUUGACAAAGAAUAA